UCUGAAGACGAGUAGCCUCCGCAACACAGCCACGGCGUCCAGCCGGAGAUAGGUUUAUAGCACACUAAAGACUGGAGUAGUUCGUAUAACGAUUUUCUUCAGUAUUUUUGUUAUUAACCAUCUCAGGCUAACAUUCCCUUUCCUUUUUACUUUAUCACAUUCGUAAAACAAUGGCAAUUGCAAACCUCGAGCCAGGGAUGGGAGCGUCAGAAGCCUGGGGCGGCCAGGCGGCGGCCUUUGGCUCCAACCAAACCGUCGUCGACAAGGUCACCCCUGAUAUGAUGCACCUCAUUGACCCACACUGGUACCAAUUCCCACCCAUGAAUCCCAUGUGGCAUGGUUUACUGGGAUUCACGAUCGGCGUCUUAGGCUUCAUAUCGAUCACCGGUAACGGAAUGGUCGUUUACAUUUUCACAUCCACAAAGAGUCUCAAAACACCUUCAAACUUGCUCGUGGUAAAUCUGGCUUUCUCCGACUUUCUGAUGAUGCUGUGCAUGGCUCCUCCGAUGCUCAUUAAUUGUUAUUAUGAAACAUGGGUCUUUGGUCCUUUAGCUUGCGAACUUUACGCUUGCGCCGGGUCUCUAUUCGGUUCGAUAUCGAUUUGGACCAUGACCAUGAUUGCCUUCGACCGAUACAACGUAAUUGUAAAGGGUAUCGCUGCAAAACCUAUGACAAUCAAUGGAGCACUGCUACGAAUCCUCGGAAUUUGGCUGUUCUCUCUCGCCUGGACUAUUGCUCCCAUGUUGGGCUGGAAUAGGUACGUGCCCGAGGGUAACAUGACCGCUUGCGGAACCGACUACCUCAGCAAGAGCUGGCUCAGCCGCAGCUACAUCCUCGUCUACUCCAUCUUUGUUUACUACACGCCUCUGUUACUCAUCAUCUACUCGUACUUCUUCAUUGUUCAGGCUGUGGCAGCUCACGAGAAGGCAAUGAGGGAGCAAGCUAAGAAAAUGAACGUGGCCUCUCUGCGAUCCUCCGAAGCCGCCAACACAAGUGCUGAAUGCAAAUUGGCUAAGGUGGCACUUAUGACCAUUUCACUAUGGUUCAUGGCGUGGACACCAUAUCUGGUAAUCAACUACACCGGAGUGUUCGAAACUGCACCGAUCAGCCCUCUGGCCACUAUUUGGGGCUCGGUGUUCGCGAAGGCCAACGCUGUCUACAACCCGAUUGUGUAUGGCAUCAGCCAUCCUAAAUAUCGCGCUGCUCUCUACCAGAAAUUCCCAUCGCUAGCGUGCCAACCAUCAGCGGAGGAAACUGGAUCUGUGGCCUCUGGAGCUACGACCGCCUGUGAAGAGAAACCCUCCGCGUGAGCCUCGCCCUAACAAAUGGACAGAAAACACAACGACGACCGACCCGCUGCUGCCCUAAGGAUCUGAUACUGCUACAAAAAAACGUUAUUUAUUAUUUUUAUACAACGAGAUUUAUAACUGUACAAAGUGGAUAACUUAAACACGCCGCGAGCUGAUCGAAAAAUAUACAGGAUGUUUCAGUAACAUUUACUUAAAACGACCAGUUUAAAGUCUGCAUCAUUUUGAGUUCAUGCUCGAUGCGGCUAGUUCAAUGUUGCACACAUUUGGUAUAUUUUUGUUUGUAUGCAUCGGCUGGCGACAUAAAAUACUAAAAAAAAAAUAUUAAUCAAAAUUACAUUUCGUCAGCUACUCCGGUAACCUAAGAGACUGCUCCUUUUAGUUGAUAAGCAAGACGAUAACUAUGAUGAAACAAGCUGUGUACCUCGGACAAAAUGAAAAUAAUAAACAGCACGAUGGUGACAAAACAUCAA